CUUUCUUUAUUUUAAACAUGACAUUAAAGAAAUACAUUACUUCUUUAUUUCAUACAAGGCAAAAGCCUAAAAAUGAAGUAGCAUCAGCAAAGCCAAAAGAACCGGCAACAUCAACAGAGCCAGUAGAACAAGAGGAAGUUAUAAGGGAAGAAAGCGAGCAAGACACCCAAAGUUCAGUUACUCCACAAGUAUCAGUACGAGAAAAAGAUAUAGGGAUUAAUGAAAGGGACUUAGAAUUCGAAGAGUCUCGUAACCUACUACAGUCUGACAUAUUCAACAGUACGCUCGACCCUGUUGCCACCUUCCCUCAGUUUGAGCAUCUGUUAAUAGCAAAGUCAGAUCAAUCUUAUCAUAAUCCUCGGUAUGCUCACCGAACAAAAACAUUAUCUCAAACUAUUAGGCACAGAAUUUCAAUGUACCGGCCGAAUAAAAAGACUAUCAAACGAACUCUUUCAACACCAGAUUUUUUCUUUAGGAAGAGUACUGAAUGUAACACGAAAUUACCGUAAUGUAAAGUUAUGACUUGUAAGCAGCUACAAACAAACGCAUACACACUCACACGUCACAACACAUAUACACACUCACCCAUUUAUGCAUUUGCGUAUACCAGUCUUUUAUCUUUUUUCUAUUACUAUAUUAUUAUCACUAUUGCUAUUAUUACCAUAGUUAUUAUUCUACUAUUAUUAUUAUUGUUAUUAUCACUGCUGUAUUAUACUUAUUAUUAUAAAGAGAACAGUCAUUAGUGUAUACACAAAACCGAACAUCUACAUGUUUAACACGACCUAUGAUAGUAACUACAGGGCUUGCAAUGCCCAUCCAUUACGACGCUGAUGUCUUAUUGAUCACUGGCCAUUGAUACUAUAACAUCAAGAAUGAUGCUACACAUUUUU